AGGCGGCGUUUGACGUUGACUCGAGAUGCCAGUGUGAUAGUGUGCGCGUCGCGAAUAGUAGGCGAGUGAUGUCAACAGGUGUUUUGGCGUCGUUCGUUCUGGAAUUUUGACAGUUUUGAGCGUGCAUUCCUGGUGAAAUUGCGUGCAAAAGUGGUUAUUUUCGUGCGUGACAGUGUGGGCUGCUGUUUUGGAGCGGAGAAGAGCUGAACCGGGGUGGAGAACGUCGGCAAAACAUUGAAAUUAAGCCGUGACUCCUCGAAAUCCUCCUCCGAAAUGCCUCUCAACGGCAUCAACCUGUUGAUACCGUCCCAAACGUUCACCAUGACAAACGCCAACGCUGCCUCGAGCUUGCCUUCCGCCGUCACCACCGCCACCACCAUUCAAACCCCGCAGCAGCCGAUCCAGCAGCAACAGUUCUGCCUCCGUUGGACCAACUACCACUCCAACCUGUCGACCGUGUUCGACCAGCUGUACCAGGCGGAAUCGUUCGCCGAUGUGACGCUGAUCAGCGAAGGUCGCCCGAUUCGGGCCCACAAAAUGGUGCUGGCAGCGAGCAGUCCCUACUUCCAGACGAUCUUCAACGAAACUCCGUGCAAACAUCCGGUGGUGAUCAUCAAGGACGUCCGCUUCGAAGAGCUAAAAGCGCUCGUUGACUUUAUGUACCGGGGCGAGAUCAACGUGGCCCAGGAACACAUCCGGUCCCUGCUCAAACUGGCCGAGAUGUUCCAGAUUCGCGGUCUGACGGAGGUGAGCCACGAGGAGGAAGCGCUGGAAACGACGGCCCAGAAUGGCGGCGUCCCCGUCGAACAGUUUACGAUCUACGCCGCGUUCAGCAACGAAGAAACCGCUCCGGCCGGGAAGAAACGCUCCUCGAAGGAGCGUGAACUGUCGCGCAAGCAAACGCUCGAAACGGUGGACGUGCCCGUCGAGUGGCCCCCGGAGGAGGCUGCUGCUGCGUUGCCCUUCCGGAUCAAACCGCCCCGCAAGCGAAAGUCCCAGGCCGAAGUCGACGAAAACGCCAUCAACAACUUUGAGCCGAACAACGCAUUCCAGAACAUGCCGUCGUCGGUGGUCGUCCCAACGGUGAUGGUGCAGCCUCCGGCGCCGUCCCCAGUUAAGCUCGAAGUGGCCACCUCCUUUCAGCAGGCGCCACCAGCAGAAGAUACCAACGACACCAAGAUGAGCUUCCUCGAUUCGACCAACGAAGAUAUCUCCGCCGCCGACUCCCCGGACCCCUGGACAGCGUCAACGACGACGACGGAAUCCGUGCGCCACCACUCGAACGCGUCCGCCAAGCAGCAAAAGGCCCCCGCCUGGAACUGGUCCCAGCUGCAGGAGGCGAUCGCGGCCGUCGUGACGCAACGGCUGCGCUUCACCCAGGCGUCCGCCAAGUACAACAUCCCCAAGGGCACCCUGUACGACAACAUCCUCGGCAAGUCGCACCGGAUGGCGGUCCUCCAGGAGCUGCCCCUCGAGCCGGCCGAGGAAGCUGCCGUGCUGGACUUUUGCUGCGACACUUCGAUUUCUCCGUACAACAAACGCACCAAGAAGUCUCUGAAGAGCAUCCUCGAGUUUCUGGCCCGGUUCGAGACGUUCCGCGCCAAGGAGGACAAGUUUGGGUUUGGCAGCAAGGGCGGCUUCCGGUGGUGGUGGGCCUUCUGUCGGAAGCACUCGAUCGUGUCGCUGUACUUUGAGGGCAUGGCCGAGGACGACAAGGGGCACCUGGUGCGGUACGCGUCGGCGUCCAAGAAGAGCCGCAAAAGCGGGGUGGAAGUUGGGGUUGCAGCGGCGGCCGCAGGGCUGGCCGUGAAGUGAGUGCAACGCACGUGACAAGUAGAUGAUGAAGAAGCAGAUGGAAACGUUGAUACUCUUUGUGCCUUUUUAGCAAUGAUUUGUGAUUGAUACAUUCUCGUUAGUGGUAAAACCUUCUUUUACUUUUUUUUUCUUAGCUUAAUAAGAUGCAAUCGGCUGGUUGCGAUUAGACUGUAAA